UAGAAAGAAAAAAAAUAUAUAUAUUUAAAUAUUAAAUAUAUGUACAAGUAUAACUAAAGUAAAGAAUCUUUUGCAAGUGGUAAGAACACACCACGGCACAUACCAACCAAUACUGCGAUACCAUAAUUAACUUAAUAAAAUUAUAAACGGUUACUUGAUUUCUGGCACAAAUUUUUAUGUUUUCGAAAUUUCCGUGUUAUUUCAAAUUAGAACUUAAAUAAGUCAAAACGCCAAUAUUGAGACGAGACAAAAGUGAGAUAAUAACUAAAACAGUAAAUAAACGAAAUGACUGUUACGGCGCUGGCGGCAGCUAUGCAUAAGCCAUUCUUUACUGGAUAUCCACCGAUGCAAGCGGAACUGAACGCUGGACAAGGACGUGUAAAUGCACUUGGUGGGGUUUUUAUAAACGGACGUCCUUUGCCUAACAAUAUCCGUUUAAAAAUUGUCGAAAUGGCAGCCGAAGGCAUACGUCCUUGUGUGAUUUCCCGACAAUUGCGCGUUUCGCAUGGAUGUGUAUCAAAAAUACUUAAUCGUUAUCAAGAGACUGGCUCUAUUAGACCAGGUGUAAUUGGUGGCUCUAAACCGCGUAUAGCAACACCAGAAAUUGAAAAUCGCAUUGAAGAUUACAAGCGUACCAAUCCAGGCAUAUUUUCAUGGGAAAUACGUGAUCGACUAAUACGUGACGGUCUCUGUGAUCGCUCCACAGCGCCUUCAAUUUCGGCCAUAUCGCGUUUGGUACGACGUGAUGCACCUAUCGAUGAUAGCGAUAGUUCAAAACAAAACAAUAAUAGCGGUUCGGAAAAAUCUCAUAAGCCAUCCGAUGAGGAUAACUCAGAUUGUGAAAGUGAACCUGGCAUUGCCUUAAAACGUAAACAACGUCGGAGUCGCACUACUUUCUCUGCUCAACAAUUAGAAGAAUUAGAACGGGCUUUUGAACGUACACAAUAUCCUGACAUUUACACCCGCGAGGAAAUUGCUGAGCGCACUAAUCUAUCAGAGGGACGCAUACAAGUCUGGUUUAGUAAUCGACGUGCACGCUUACGCAAACAUCAUACCUCGAUUACAGCCACAAAUACACCAAUGAAUAAUACCUCAGUUGGUCCAUAUGGCGCAGCCCAUCAAAUUUCCAAUAAUAGCUAUGCUAGAAUGCAUACUCUACCAGCUGCCGUCUACGAGCAACAAAUGUAUGAUUUCUAUACCGUACACAACAGCGGACACAAUGCAAACAAUAUAUCAGUCGGUACAAAUGGAUUGCAUUCUACAGUAGCUCCUUUGUCCACCUCUCCAACACAGCAAAUUUAUAAUUCUGGUAUUGCUCCCUAUCAUCCAUUUUCAACACAUAACGCUUUGCCGAUAACUGCAGAAGAAUCACGCUUCACACAACAAGUGCAAUAUCCAACGAUUGCACCAUUAGUUGGUACCAACAACAAUUCAGUACCAUGCGGAAAUCUUUACAACAUUGAAUCUGAGACAAAUCAGACAAUGCCACGUAAUGAAAGUCCCAACGAAUCAUUAUCCCCAAAUUAUGGUUCUGGAAAUGCAAUCAACAACACAAUUCAACUACCACCGACACCAAAUAGCCUAUCUGCUGUUAAUGGUGGAGGGCCGAAUUCAGUCAAUGGCAACAGCAAUGAAGAUAUACACGCUGCACUGAAGUCCGAAUCAGCAAUGUCGCACAAUCUUUUCGCCAAUUAUGCUACUGCAAAUAUAAAUUCAGCUACAACUUUAUACACGGGACGUCCGAAUGCUCCACUCUCACCUGAAGAGCUUAAUUUGUCGACUCAUCAGUUAGAUACACCAACUGCUAGCGCUACUGCUGCUGCUACAGAAGUAUCAUCAACUGAAACACCAUCAACUGCGUUACCACCAGGACCACACCAUCUCUUCCACCAUUCCCAACACACACAUACACAGUACAAUCCGUAUCACGCACAUCAACAGGUCACCAAAUACGCAGCUGCGGCAGCAUUUCAUCAUCAUCAUCAUCACCACCACAGCACGUCAACCGGUGCAGCAAACGCAUCCACCGCCACACAUUACAUGAAGCAAAACUACAACACAGCCUUCAGCUCGCCAUCAAAAGUCAAUUAUCAUGGAGUCCCUCAGUCAUUUUAUCCUUCCUGGUAUUAGAACACCUGAAAUGUAGUUCACAGUGCUUGUUAAAAACAACUAAACAUUAAAAUAAUAACUAAUAUAGCCCUCGAGGCCCCGAUAUUGGACAACCAAUACGUUUCCUAUAAUCGAAAAUGAUUAGAUCCAUAUUUAUUUAUUAUAUCCUUACUUUUACUUAUUAUCCUUAAGUGCUUUAUUCUAUUUUAGUUGUAUUUCAUUUAUUGUUAUUGUUAAUGCAGCUAUAAUUUUACUAAGCAAACUUGUUUAUUUUUAUAUUUAUUUUAAUUAAGAAUUUAUUUUUAAUUA